UAGCAUUGGUAACAAACAUGUUCAACAGAAUCCCUGUUUUAUGGAACGAAAAGUGGAAUGUUAGCGAAAUUGUUGAGUCUUGUUUACAACUCUAGAUUUGUGAUAAAUUUCGUGGGCAAAUUUGUGAAUAAAAGCGGAUAAUUUGGAAAGUUGCUGACAAUGUCAAUGCGACCAGAUGACCACCGCCGGAAAUGGGACAAGACCGAAUACCAGCGGUUGGCACAGGAAAGGCUACAGACGCAAGCAACCAAGGCGAAUCAAAAGGAUGAAGAACCUGUGCAACGGGAGAAUCUGAAGCGUCGUGACUACAAAGUCGAUCUCGAUAGCAAACUGGGAAAAAGUGUCGUUAUUAAUAAGAACACACCUACCUCACAAUCAGGCGGAUACUAUUGUAAUGUAUGCGAUUGUGUUGUCAAAGACUCUAUUAAUUUUCUGGACCAUAUUAAUGGGAAAAAGCAUCAACGAAAUUUGGGCAUGUCCAUGAAAGUUGAACGUAGUACGGUGGAUCAGGUGAAAGAACGCUUUCAGGCAAAUAAAAAAAAGAUGGAAGAAAAACAAAAGGAUUACGAGCUAGAGCGGCGACUACGUGAAGCUAAAGAGGAAGAAGAGCGUUACAAAGAACAUCGAAAAGAAAAAAGAAAAGAGCGUAAAAGAAAAGCAAAUGAUGAAGACGUUAUCAGUAGCGGAUUGUCUGACGAUAUGGCUGCUAUAAUGGGGUUCUCCGGCUUCGGUGGAUCAAAAAAGAACUCUUAGGAAAAAAACAACGGCGGUAUUUUUUUAUAUAUGUAAUAAAGUUGUUAUUGCAUCAAACAUUGUAACAUAAAAGCUAGUAAAAAUAUAUAAAUUUGAACGGGAGAUACAUGUGGAAGCAUUCGACUGCAAGCAUCUGACAUUGGAUUAUUUACAUGCGGUAGUGUGGACGUAAUCGGGCACUUGGACUACAAACAUUGUAUGAAGAUUUUUCAGAAAAAAUUAAUGAUAAUUUGCAAAAAUAUAUAUAUACUUACGAAUAAAAAUAUCUAUUAAGUCCAAAAAAGCUUACCACUAGCGCUUUGUUUAAAACUUCAGCCGCAAAACUUCGCAACAUACGUGCUGGUUUAAGCCCACAGAGAAGAGCCGCUCUUAAGUAGUCGCAAUUAAUUAUUUCGGUGAAUUGUCUAGAAUAUAUGAAAGAAGGACUUUACUGUAAUUUUAUGAGUUUUUCUUUAUACACUUUCUUGUACAUAUAUAUAUAUACAUACAUUUAUAAAUAGCUGGCCAAAGAGUUGGUUUUUAAAUAUAAGCUAGUUUUCAAUAAAAAUUUGUAUCGGCCUUUUA